AAUUUCAACAAAUUCCCGUGUAUGGAAGAUACUAAGCAGUUUAUUUUACCAAUCAAAAAAUCAAGCGAUUUUUUUGACGUGAUUCGGAAAUUAAUUACGGCUAAAGAAGCUCAGAAUAACAAUGCUCCUUUUUUUGUGAUGAAUAUGAGACUAAUUACGAUUGUGGUGAAGAAUUGGUAUUCAAAAAUGCCAAAUAUUGAACCCUUUUAUCCGAUACGAUGCAAUUCAGAUCAUGUUUUUUUGAAGCUACUGACUCACAAUGGUGAAAUGGGUUUAUGUUGUAGCAACCGAGAAGAAGCUGAAAUAGUUCCCAACUUAAUCUCUGUUGACAGAAUUAUUUAUCAUAAUCCACUGUGGACACGCGGUAAUAUUCGACAUGCUAGAGAAUGUGGUAUCAAGACAUUCAUUGUAGAGUCAGAAGAUGAUUUGAGACGUUUUACCACAUUUUAUCCUGAUGCAAACAUAAUUUUACGUGUAGUCAUGGACCAGAAAUUAAUCAGUGAUCCUCUCACCGCAGAUAAUUUCAAUGUGGAAAGAGCUGCUCAUUUGCUAAGCAAAACGGAAAAUUCAUCUUUGAAUAUCUCCGUACGUUCAAAUGGUCCAUCACCAACCAUGUAUUCUUAUGCUAUAGCUCAGUGUCGACGACUGUUUGAUAUUGGAAGUGAAUUUGGGCAUAAAUUCUGUAUAUUGGAUCUGGGAGAACAAUUUCCAAGUAUCACAGCAACUUCUGGCUUAUCAUUUGAUCAGGUUGCUGAUUCAGUGCGUGUUUCUCUCUCGUUGCUGUUUCCAUCGAAACUUUUCAAACACGUAAAAAUAAUAGCCAGACCAGGCACUUAUUUCGCCGCAUCUUCAUGUUCCUUCGUUACUCGUAUUAUCGGAAAACAAGUGGUUGACUCGAGUAUUUUAACAAAUUAUGGUAAUUGUUGCUCAAACGCCGAUAGCACUGCUUACAUUUACCAAAUCAAUGAGGGAUUUUAUGGGGCUUUUGGUUGCAAACUGUUGACUCAUUGUGAUCCUACUUGCUCGCCUCUAAUAGAUGACGGUGGAAAACUGGAUACAUUUGCAGCAAUUGUUGGUCCUGAUCCAUGUCAUAACGAUGUUGUUUUGCCACUUACUAGACUUCCAGUUCUACAGGUGAAUGAUUGGCUAAUUUGGCACGAUAUGGGAGCUUAUACUAUGGGUAACUGUAGUACACUAAAUGGAGAAAACAUUCCUUUACCAACCAUCCAUUACUAUUGGGAAAGUGAUACAACUACGUUCGUUUUUUGA